AUGAACGUCCGGACGGACGUUGUAGUCGAUGUGGCGCUACACAGACGGUGCGCACGGCGGCUUUUGUGGCCUGUCUAUACAGACCGGUGGUUUGCGGAACGUCGGCGGAUUGCCGCGUAUGCCAGCACUAAGCUGGUGGUGUUUGGAAUCGGACGCUUGCAGGCGGAGGAGCAGGCGUAUGCCAGCACUACGCUGGUGGUGUUUGGAAUCGGACGUUUCCAUGCUGAGGAGCUCGGUCGAUGUCAGAACGGCGUUCACCAGUUAUGGAAGUGGGCAUUUGCACACGGAACCGCAAAUCGCGCCCACAGUGCACGGGAAUGUGGUGUUUCGCAGAAGGUGCGCGCGGCGGCCCUCUGGCCUGUAUAUGCACUUCCGUGGUUGCGUUACGUCAGCAUUUUGGAGCAGCGGUGA